AAAACAAAAACGUGCAUCUAAAUCACCUGUCAGAAGAUCGUCAGCUGGUCCGCACCUAAAGGAGUUGACACCCGACAAAAGUGAGAGAAAUAUGAAGAGAAAGGAAGUCUCAUGGCUGCAGUAGUUGUGACCCAAGAUGCAGGAAACAGGAAGACGACGUCCAGAUGGGAAUUCGCUGAGAGGCACCCCAUCAUGACGACAAGCAGAAAGGGCCGGAAGCGACCUGUCCAUCAAAUAUGUGGUCACCAUGGAAACAACCUAGUUCGGAGCUAUAGCGCAUGGCAGAUGCGGCGAUAUAAUGGAGGACCAGACGGAGCUUCGCCUGCCUGGGGAGGUGUUGUUCUUAAAGAGCCCACACGCUUGUGUCUUUUUCCAGUUUGAAGGCAGUGAAUAAGGACGCUCACACGUUUUAUCCUGCCUAACACAAACACCCAUGCUUUUUGUGCAACCUUCUAAUAGGAAGACGCCAGGGAUGGGGACAAUAUUGGAGUGAGACAGGAAGGAAGGGUGCAAAAUGGUGGGAUGGUUUGUUGGGUUUGAGAGGCUUGAGGAAAAUGGAGUUCUCCUGGGAAGUGGCACUUAAGUCCGCCAUGUGGGGAGAUCACCCGGAAAGAUCCAAUAUUGCAGUGAAACACCUCAAAAAACACAAACACUGAAAACGUGGGUGCCAGAUCUCCACCUAGGGAUGGCCAUAACUGUACAAUUUUUCCAAAAGGAAACAGGAGACAAAGAAAUUACCCAUUCCAGAGUCAAAUUGUUGCCAUCAUAGUAUGAAUUGUGUUAUCAGAAUCAGAAUAGUUUUAUUGCCAUUGUUUGAGAACGGGUUCACAAACUAGGAAUUUUUCUUGGUGCAAACGUGCGACAUAAAACACACAUAACACAUAUUUGGUAUAAAAAGAGCUGUGACUGAGCUAUCAGAUAGACUUAGAAGGAAUUCAAGGAGCUGCUGUUAGGAGUUCUUGUUCAUUUGCCUGAUGGCCGAGGGGAAAAAACUGUUCAGGUGGCGGGAGGUGUGGGUCUGGAUGGAGCGUAGUCUCCUGCCUGAGGGGAGAGGGGAGAAUAGUGUGUGUCCAGGGUGAGAAGAGUCAGCUGUGAUCCGACCCACACGCCUCCUGGUCCUGGAGGAGAACAAGUCCUGGAGGGAUGGGAGCUUGCAGCCAAUCACCUUCUCCGCAGCACGUACGAUGCGUUGCAGUCUAUUCUUAUCCUGGACUGUGGCGCCGGGGAACCACACUGUGAUGGAGGAGGUCAGGAUGGACUCUAUGAUGGCUGAGUAAAACUGCACCAGCAUCAUUAUCACAUGCAUUAGAACAGGGGUGUCAAACGUACGGCCCGUGAACAGGUUUUAUCCGGCCCGCGGGAUGAGUUUGCUAAGUAUAAAAAUGAGCCGAAAUUUCUUAAUGAAAAAAACUGCUGUUCUAAAUGUGUCCACUAGAUGUCGCAAUAGCAAUUCUUUGUAUCUUUGUAGAUUAUGCUACAUAUGCAAAAAUGUUAUGUUAUGUUAUGUUAGUGCACCAGUCGAGGAAAAUUAGCAAACUACAUAAAUAACAUACUGUAAUUUGAUUUUGAUAUCAUUUUUUAUCUUAAUAGAUUGAAAAUUAACACCAAUAGUAAAAAUUUUACUGGCCCGAAUAAAAUGAUUGGUGUUUACGGCGUCACUCACCAUGUCUCAUCAACACGUACGCGCAGAGAGGGCAUGCAUACAAAAGCAGUCCAAGUUGUUGUUAUGAUACAAUAUACAUUCAAUGACUAGCGAUCCAAAUUGCUAUUAUUAGCAGACAACACCCACAGCUAAUGUGCGCGCAUGUGUGACGUACGUACGUAAUUACAUCAUUGCGUACCGGAAGCCAUAAGAGUGCGGGAUAUACUGUGUAAAAUACAUUAGAAAGAUAGCGCCAUAUAAACAUCUGUGUCACGAUUGUAGCUUUCCUGGUGCUGUGUGAAAGACAGGAAGAAAAGCUCAGACUGUGGAUUUUGGUACUGAAGUGUUUCCUUAAUUAUUUCAGUCGUAUUUCUGCAAAGUCGCGACGCUAUUUAUUCUAUGAUUUUUAUGAAUAUUGGGUGCAUUUGUCUGUCCCUGUCUCUGACCGUGAUGACCCCACCCCAUGGAACACCGCAGAGGCCACCACGGGGUUUAUGGCUGUUAAAAUUGAAUUUUUGUAUUGUUAUUUAUUUAGGCAUGGUGCAAUCCUUCCCAUCAGCGCAAUAUGUAUUAUUUAUUACUCAUUUUUAGUUUCGUAGCUGUGUGUAAAAAUGGCGCCGCUGAUGUGACAGCUGGUUGCACUGGUUGCCCCUCCAGUUUUCAUGUCUUUCACCUGCGACCACAUAAUAUCCCCAUUGUGGGCUAAAUAAAAUCCAUUAAACAUCUUUAAAAGCCCUUCACACAUUUGUAAACACUUACAAUGCUCUUAAUACACAUCAAACUCUCUAAAACGUAUGCCAAUUUUAACAUGAAACUUCAAUUUGUAGUCAAAUCGUAAUGUACUAAAUCCGCGAUGCACUGUGUGUGUAGGGCCCUGCAGAUUAACCUGUUCAAUUAAUAAGAUUAAGCUAUUUUCACCAUAACAAUGUAAAAGGUUAAUACGCUCCGCUCCUCUUUCGUUCCCCCCUUUUUAUCUGCUUUCUUUUGUAAUUCAAGUAUUAAUUACAUUUGUGUAUUGUUGCAUUUGUAGCGAUUAUAUUUUUAAUAAUAGAGGUAAAUAUUAUUAUUAUUGAUUAUCCAUUUAAUGUUAUUUCUAUUGGUAAUUGUAUCAUUCCAUUUGUAGUGCCAGGGUUGGCGCUAGGAAUUUUCAAAAUGGGGCCCCAGUGGCUCCUGAAGCCACUUUUCAUCGAAGCUUCGCGGGAGUCCUAAUACCGGAAAUGCAGUAUUUGUGAUCGAUAAAACUUUCGGUGAAUCAAAAUUUAAGAAAUUGUACCGAAAAAGUGUAUUACUUUGAAAUCGACCAAUAAUUAAUAAUUUGACCCGGCAAAUAUAAACAAAACAAAACACUGGCGGAAAGCGAUAAUCUGUAAAAAACCCACAAAAAACCCAAGCAAACCGGGCGGUAAAAAAAAAAAAUGAAGAAAUCCGCGUCCGGGUGGCGAGCGGCCUUCCGAAAAUGUGCGUUCUUUCGGAUUUAAAUACGUAAAAAAACACAAAAAGUGCGUUAAUGCCAACAUUGAGGACAAUAAUGAUUAUGGCCAUGUCUGUCAAAGUCCGGGUGCAUGCCAAUGUGCCCUCAUCUGUGCGCUCUGAUAAGAGCACCUCCAAGAGUGCACUUCCAGGAGUGCGCCAGGCGCGUGUCAAUCCUACUGCAGCCGGCAGCUGCAAUCAAUCACCGGCAAUCAGCACACCUGUGUUUGAUCAGAGGUCUUGCCUUCAAAAGCCUGCACAACCUGCUAUCCCACUCCAGAACGUAGUCACCUGUUCCCGUACAGUAAGCCUACACGUCAAGCUCCAUGCGCACUCUUUGCUCUCUGUGUUUUCUUCCCCGUCGUGUCCAUCGUCUCGUGUCCUUCCUUGUCGUCUUUCCUGCAGCCUGCCUUCGUUCCACGUUACGGGAUGUGCGUCUCGUCUUCCCGCCUUCCCUUUGCUUACCUGGCUGCCUCUUGGAUCUCGACCUCCCGCUUGGACACGGACCUUCGACGCCUCUCUAUCGCCGUGACUACCUGCCUGCUCACGGAUCUCCGAGCUUGUCUUGUUCCCCACCUGGACUUCCCCACCUCUCCCUCAACACUCCUGAUGUGGAUGCAAAAAAAAAGAGGGGGGAUCCAGCAGCAACUAUGUGACAGACAGACAACACGGACCCUCGGCCGCACUGCUGGCAGGUACCGCGGAGGACACAAUGGAGCUGGGCCGCAUGCAGGACACCUCAUAACGGCAGCAAUGACCCACAGGACCGCGGCAGCAUCCUCCGGGCAGCACGCACCCCCACACGUUCUCGGUGCAGAGAAGAACUUUGACGCUGUCCUUGCAUGAGUACUUCUUUCGGAUCUAACCGCAAAUCAGGUCCUGGUAGUAACUGCUCGAGGACACGAAGAAAUAGAAUUUAAGCUCUUCCUCCAGCUGCAGGGCUUUGUUGCUCUGGAGUAAUGAAGUCCAGCAUGAGGCCAUGGCGAAGACUUUUGCUCCUGGGAAUGGUGGCCUGGGUUGUUUUCUUGCUCGCUCUCUUCUCCUACUUUCUGGACGCCCGGGUCAACGAGGCGCUGAUCUCCGGCAGCACGCUGAUCUCCCAGCACCCUGACACCCGCCGUUUGACAUCCAUCCAGCAGAACACCGUCAUGGGUCCCAGGCCUGAAGUAGCCUCCAGCUUGACCCCGAUUUAUCCUGGAGACAGACCAGGACUGGAGGCCCUCAACAGCUCUGUGACCCCAGGGCCCAGUGUGGAGUUAAGGAGGAGCCUUAACCGUGCACCUUAUGUCAACUAUGGUAGCCAGGAGACCAGUCGCCAAGACUACCUGGACCCCCAAACUCUGGCUGCGUGGUCUUCUUUCGGGACUGAAAAUGUGGGCUCUCAUUCCAGUCGUGACAAAACUUCCCGGACUACACAGUAUCAAAACCAAGUGAGGAGAGUUCAGGAUCACGGUGGAGAGGAGGAGGAGGAUGAGGAGGGGGAAGAUGCAGAUGAUGAAAGAGGAAACAGAAUGACGGCUCCCAGGAGGUCCACCGACACUUCCUCCGACCCGGAGGAGUACUACUUGUCCAAGUCGGCGUCAGUGGUGAAGCAGCGCCUGGGGCAGGGGCGCCUGUCCGCCGACAUCCUCAGCCCUCGGUUGCAGCGGGCCAGGAACGAGUACAUGAAGGCCAACAAGCACCACGUGGUCUUCAAGGGGCCCCGCAGGGCCUCGCAGACCACCAAGGAACUACUCUGUCAAAUGAAGACCAUGGCCCCACUCACCACGGUGGACGGGUCCGAGCAGCCCUUCUCCUCGUACGGGUGGGCUCGCCUCGUGCCCUCCUUACCCCUGGAGCAGCUGUACAGGACUCAGGGGGGGAACAGCUUCCAGACCUGCGCUGUGGUCUCCUCGGCCGGCGCCAUCCUGCGGUCGGGACUGGGAAAAGAGAUCGAUGCUCAUGAUGCCGUGUUGCGGUUCAACGCGGCGCCCACCGAAGGCUACGAGAAAGAUGUGGGGAACAAAACCACCAUCAGGAUCAUGAACUCACAGAUUCUGGCUGAUCCGAGGUUUCGUUUCCACACAAGUUCUCUUUACAAGAAUGUCACCCUGGUGGCCUGGGACCCUGCACCUUAUAAUCUCAACCUACACAAGUGGUACGCCAGUCCCGACUACAACCUGUUCGGCCCGUAUGAGGAGCAUCGCAAGCACUACCCUGGCCAGCCCUUCUACAUCCUGCAUCCAAGCUACGUUUGGCGUCUCUGGGACGUGGUUCAGGGCAACACUCAGGAGAACAUUCAGCCCAACCCUCCCUCGUCUGGCUUCAUAGGCAUCCUCCUGAUGAUGGCGCUGUGCGAGCAGGUCCACGUGUACGAGUACAUCCCCUCCAUGAGGCAGACGGACCUGUGCCAUUACCACGAGCUCUACUACGACGUGGCGUGCACGCUGGGGGCCUACCACCCGCUCCUGUACGAGAAGAGCCUGGUGCGGCGCGUCAACACCGGCACCGCGGGGGACCUCCGCAGGAAGGGGCGGGUCACCCUGCCGGGGUUCCGCACCGUGGACUGUGACAUCUGAAGUUGCACCAGAGCCGACUGUCUUGAGCCCACUUUACGUAACUAUGGCCUGUUCUUAGGGCGGGGGGAGGCACUGAGGGCGCGGUGCAAUAAAGCCUGUGGAGGCGGAUGAGACUGACAAAAACCCCUGAGCCCCUUCAAGGUGGGAGAGGAUCAACAUGCGGGGCUUGUUUUCAUUAAGAUGGCUUUGACAAAGACAUAUCUCUCUGCUGUAGCUGAGCCAUGUUAGCUGUUGAGCUGACAAGAUUUUUUUUACGGAAUUUUCCACAGUGUAAAUUCUGUGCUUUUUCCACUCUCUUACGGCAGCGGUCUUACCGUUUUUCUACUCGGACGAUGCCGACAGGGUCUUAAACUGUUCCGCGCCUCCCAUUGCGUUGCACCAGCUCUUUAUUAUUCGCAUGGCGUGCGUGGAAAGUGAGAGCCGUUUCAACCCCCCCCCCCUGCUGAUACUUCUUAGCUUAGCGCUACAUUGGCCUAAUUAGGGCGCUUGUCACGCCGUGUUUGGACUGUGCAAGUUCUCAUGCUGUCAAACGAGGGACCAAAGUCGACAUCUGGAGCCCACAGGUGGGGUGGAGUUGCUUAGUUUAGGCUAGUGUUGGCAAGUUCUCGAUCUUCCGGCCUUAUCGUGAAAAACUCAUUGCUGUUAUUCAACUACUGCAGUAUGUGUCUUUAAAUAAUACUGUUCUGUCCACUUAGCUAUCAACAAAAAGCAACUUCUUGGGGUAGAAUUUGUGUACAUUUACGUGAGAUAUUAUGUUUAGCUGGUAACUAAGACUAUGUUCACGCUGGCCCGUCAGGAUUUUUUGUUGAAUCCGAUCUUUUUAUGUAGUUGUUCUGAUAGGUAAAAAUCUUUUGUCGACUUACCUACCAACAAAAAGCAACAUUUUGGGGUAGAAUUUGUGUACAUUUAUGUGACAUAUUACAUUCAGCUGGUAACAGAAUACGUUCAUGCUGGCCUGUUUGGAUUUUUUGUUAAAUCCGAUCUUUUUAUGUCGUUAUUCUGCGAAAUAAAACAGUUCUGUCCACUUAGCUAUCAACAAAAAGCAACAUCUUAGGGUAGAAUUUGUGUACAUUUACGUGAGAUAUUAUGUUCAGCUGGUAACUAAGACUACGUUCACGCUGGCCCGUCAGGAUUUUUUGUUGAAUCCGAUCUUUUUAUGUCGUUAUUCUGCGAAAUAAAACAGUUCUGUCCACUUAGCUAUCAACAAAAAGCAACAUCUUAGGGUAGAAUUUGUGUACAUUUACGUGAGAUAUUAUGUUCAGCUGGUAACUAAGACUACGUUCACGCUGGCCCGUCAGGAUUUUUUGUUAAAUCAGAUCUUUUUAUGUAGUUGUUCUGAUAGGUAAAAAUCUUUUGUCGACUUACAAAAAGCAACAUUUUGGGGUAGAAUUUGUGUACAUUUAUGUGACAUAUUACAUUCAGCUGGUAAGAGAAUACGUUCAUGCUGGCCUGUUUGGAUUUUUUGUUAAAUCCGAUCUUUUUAUGUCGUUAUUCUGCGAAAUAAAACAGUUCUGUCCACUUAGCUAUCAACAAAAAGCAACAUCUUAGGGUAGAAUUUGUGUACAUUUACGUGAGAUAUUAUGUUCAGCUGGUAACUAAGACUACGUUCACGCUGGCCCGUCAGGAUUUUUUGUUGAAUCCGAUCUUUUUAUGUCGUUAUUCUGCGAAAUAAAACAGUUCUGUCCACUUAGCUAUCAACAAAAAGCAACAUCUUAGGGUAGGAUUUGUGUACAUUUACGUGAGACAUUAUGUUCAGCUGGUAACUAAGACUACGUUCACGCUGGCCCGUCAGGAUUUUUUGUUGAAUCCGAUCUUUUUAUGUAGUUGUUCUGAUAGGUAAAACUGUUUUGUCGACUUACCUAUCAACAAAAAACAACAUUUUGGGGUAAAAUUUGUGUAGAUUUAUAUGAGAUAUUACGUUCAGCUGGUAACUAAGGCUACGUUCACGCUGCCCCGUCAGGAUUUGUUGUUAAAUCCGAUCUUUUUAUGUAGUUAUUCUGCGAAAUAAAACAGUUCUGUCCACUUAGCUAUCAACAAAAAGCAACAUCUUGGGGUAGAAUUUGUGUACAUUUACGUGAGAUAUGUUUAGCUGGUAACUAAGGCUACGUCUAGCUGCCCUGUCAGGAUUUUUUGUUAAAUCAGAUCUUUUUAUGUACUUGUUCUGAGAGGUAAAACUGUUCUGUCGACUUACCUAUCUACAAAAAGCAACAUCUUGGGGUAAAAUUUGUGUACAUUUACAUGAGAUAUUACGUACAGCUGGUAACUAAGGCUACGUUCAUGCUGCCCCGUUUGGAUUUUUUGUUAAAUACGAUCUUUUUAUGUAGUUAUUCUGUGAAAUAAAACAGUUCUGUCCACUUACCUAUCAACAAAAAGCAACAUCUCGGUGUAGAAUUUGUGUACAUUUACAUGAGAUAUGUUUAGCUGGUAACUAAGGCUACGUUCACGCUGCCCCGUCAGGAUUUUUUGUUAAAUCCGAUCUUUUUAUGUAGUUCUGCAAAAUGAAACUGUUCUGUUCAUUCCACUCACCUAUCAACAAAAAUUAAAGUCUUGAGGUAGAAUUUGUGUACAUUUACGUGAGAUAUUACGGUUAGCCGGUAACUAAGGCUCCGUUCACACUGACCAAUUUGGAUUUGUUGUUAAAUCCGAUCUUUUUAUAUCGUUCUGCUAAAUAAAACUGUUUUGUCCACUUACCUAUCAACAAAAAGCAACGUCUUGAAGGACAAUUUUUGUACACUUACGUGAGAUAUUAUGGUUAGCUGGUAAGCGUUCACACUGACCGAUUUUGAUUUUUUGUUAAAUCCGAUCUUUUUAUAUCGUUCUGCUAAAUUAAACUGUUUUGUCUACUUACCUAUCAACAAAAAUCAACGUCUUGAAGGACAAUUUUUGGACAUUUACGUGAGAUAUUAUAGUUAGCCGGUAACUAAGGCUCCGUUCACACUGACCAAUUUGGAUUUUUUGUUAAAUCCUAUCUUUUUAUAUUGUUCUGCUAAAUAAAACUGUUUUGUCCGCUUACUUAUCAACAAAAAGCAAUGUCUUAGGGUAGAGUUUGUGUACAUUUACGUGAGAUAUUACGUUCAGCUGGCAACUAAGGCUCUGUUCACACUGACCCGAUUUGGAUUUUUUUUGUUGAAUCCGAUCUUUUUAUGUAGUUCUGCAAAAUAAAACUGUUCUGUCCACUUACCUAUCAACAAAAAGCAAAGUCUUGAGGUAGAAUUUGUCUACUUUUAUGUGAGAUAUUACGAUUAGCCGGUAUAAGGCUAUGUUAACACUGCCCCAUUUGGAUUUUUUGUUAAAUCCGAUCUUUUUAUGUAGAUAACAAAAACCAUGCGACCUUAAUGCAUGGAUAAUGCGAACGUAAUGCGUAUGUGAACUGAAACCAAAGCAUAACGUCACACAUGGAGCACUGUGUUUACGCAAGUUUACAGAAUUCUUGCUAUGGUAGUUUGUGGGACACUUAAUGCUACGUCUGUACCUCGGAGCAUGUGGGUGAAGAGACAAUAUAUUUUAUAUUCCGACCCCGAAGGGAAUAAGCGGUAGAAAAUGGAUGGAUAUUCCACUUGGGACAUACAAAUAGUAUCUUUGAGUUACAAAGGAAUAUUAUCGUCACACUGAAAAAAUAAAAAUAGUCGUUGGCUGAUAAGAGAAUGUUUUUCGAAAAGAAAAAAGUAAUAUUUAAUUGAUUAGUAGCUUCCAUAACAUAUUUUUUUCGGGCCUGUUUGUUUUCGCCAAGAAUUGUGACGUUUGUCACCUUUUGGAUGAACGCGACCUAAAAGUUCGGACUGCAGUCUCAGAUACAUAUACGAAAGAGGCCUUGGUCGGGUUUGAAACGAUCGGAAUUGUACUGUUUACAUUGACAUGGAAAAAUCGGAUUUGACCGGCAGUGUGAACAUAGCUUAAGUUAUUUCUGAACGGAAUUGCAACGAGUAGGAACCUUUCCUUGUCUGCGGUCAGUUCUGCAAACGGACACAAUAAACGUUCUUGCUAUUUGUCUUGAGGUCGUGAUCGAUGUUUGUUUCUUGGCCAAUCAAAUUUUGCGAAUACGUUAGUGAAAUUCUGCGAUUUUGUGAAAUUACUGCUGCGUUAUUCAUACGAACAUUGUGGCCGAUUAUUGUCGGAUAUCUGGUGUGAAAUGUGGCUAACGUUGUAGGUAUUCUGCGCUGAAGUCGGAUAUAGAUGGUAAAUAAUCAUGGGUGUUAUGGGUAAUGUACUGUAGGUAAGUAGGGUUAAGCUUGGUGGGUGGUAGGAAGGAAGGUAGGCAGAUCGUUAGGUAAGUAGUGAACCAUUUCGUACAAACUGUGGCUGGACUGCAGCACCCAUCUCUCCCACCACUCGUAACGGAAUGUAACUUUUUACCGACUGCGUGUUUUAGCGCCAAAGUACGUUGCAGUCGCAGUUGGCGGCCAGGGUUUUACUCCUUUGUUACGGAGCGGCUGCUUUAUUUAUCCUCCCAAUAUUUGUCCUAGAGCCGCCAUCAUCUCGCUGGAAUGUGGAGCAGCAAUACCCUCGGAUUUGCUCCGUCUCUUCCCCUGAGGAGAUUUGAUUGAUUUCUUUUUUCACGCCGCUCUCCCAACGGGGGGAGUUUUUAACAGUAAUGAAAUGUUCCUGAGCCAGUGGCGGUGGUUUGGUUUCGAGUAACACAUGAAGGAAGUGUUCGGAAAUAGUAGUAGUGCAAGUAUCAAUGACAGUAUAUUACAUGUGAUGUGUCCUCAAAAAGUGGUCCAAAAGGUGGCUGCACAAAACUUAAUAUACACUAUAUUGCCAAAAGCAUUAGGCCACACAUCCAAAUGAUGAGAAUCAGGUGUCCUAAUCACUUGGCCCGGCCACAGGUGUAUACAAUCAAGCACUUAGGCAUUUGUGAGAGAACGGGCCGCUCUCAGGAGCUCAGUGAUUUCCAGCGUGGAACUGUCAUAGGAUGCCACCUGUGCAACAAAUCCAGUCGUGAAAUCUCCUCGCUCCUAAAUAUUCUGGGUUUGGAGGUUGCCAGGAGAAUGCUACGUUUCUGAGUGUGAAAUUUGGUGGAGGAGGAAUUAUGGCGUGGGGUUGUUUCUCAGGAGUUGGGCUUGGCCCCUUAGUUCCGGUGAAAGGAACUGUGAAUGCUCCAGGGCAGUGUUUUUCAACCUUUUUUGAGCCAAGGCACAUUUUUUGCGUUGAAAAAUUGCCGAGGCACACCACCAGGAGAAAUCAUUCAAAAACGAAACUCAGCUGACAGUAAAAAGUCGUUGUCGCAAGUGUUGGAUAUGAAUUCAAAGCAUAACCAAGCAUGCAUCAAAAUAGCUCUUGUCUCAAAGUAGGUGUACUGUCACCACCUGUCACAUCACACCCUGACUUAUUUGGAGUUUUUUGCUGUUUUCCUGUGUGUAGUGUUUUAGUUCUUGUCUUGCACUCCUAUUUUGGUGGCUUUUUCUCUUUUUUUGGUAUUUUCCUUCUAGCAGUUUCAUGUCUUCCUUUGAGCGAUAUUUCCCGCAUCUACUUUGUUUUAGCAGUCAAGAAUAUUUCAGUAUGUUUUUAUCCUUCUCUGUGGGGACAUUGUUGAUUGUCAUGUCAUGUUCGGAUGUACUUUGUGGACGCCGUCUUUGCUCCACAGUAAGUCUUUGCUGUCGUCCAGCAUUCUGUUUUUGUUUACUUUGUAGCCAGUUCAGUUUUAGUUUCGUUCUGCAUAGCCUUCCCUAAGCUUCAAUGCCUUUUCUUAGGGGCACUCACCUUUUGUUUAUUUUUGGUUUAAGCAUUAGACACCUUUUUACCUGCACACUGCCUCCCGCUGUUUCCGACAUCUACAAAGCAAUUAGCUACCGGCUGCCACCUACUGAUAUGAAAGAGUAUUACAUGGUUACUCUGCCGAGCUCUAGACAGCACCGACACUCAACAACAACACAUCAUUUGCAGAUUAUAAUUACUGCUUUGCAAAAAAUAUUUUUAACCCAAAUAGGUGAAAUGAGAUCAUCUCCCACGGCACACCAGACUGUAUCUCACGGCACACUAGUGUGCCGCGGCACAGUGGUUGAAAAACACUGCUCCAGGGUACCAAAAACAUUUUGGACAAUUCCAUGCUCCCAACCUUGUGGGAUCCUCUUCCAACGUGACUGUGCGCCAGUGCACGAAGCAAGGUCCAUAAAGACAUGGAUGACAGAGUCUGGUGUGGAUGAACUUGACUGGCCUGCACAGAGUCCUGGCCUGAAGCCGAUAGAACGCCUUUGGGAUGAAUUAGAACGGAGACUGAGAGCCAGGCCUUCUCGACCAACAUCAGUGUGUGACCGCACCACUUUUGGAAGAAUGGUGGAAAUUCCUAUAAACACACUCCGCAACCUUGUGGACAGCCUUCCCGGAAGAGUUGAAGCUGUAAUAGCUGCAAAAGGUGGACCGACAUCAUAUUGAACCCUACGGGUUAGGAAUGGGAUGGCACUUCAAGUUCAUAUGUGAGUCAAGGCAGGUGGCCAAAUACUUUUGGCAAUAUAGUGUAUAUUACUGUAUUUCAAUUCAACAUUAUUUAUUUAUUCCAAUUCCAAAAAUAGCCACUAUAUGAAAAAAACAAAACAGUUUGUGCUCGUGAAAAUAUUGACCUCACGGCUGGUUUUUGUACUGUUUUUUUCAGAAAGUACUGAUACAAUUCUGUGCUCUGGUUGUUUGUAUUGCAAUAAUAUAUUGACAAGUUUAAAGGGAGGGGACGUGUCUUUGAGCAGCUCUAUGGAUACUUGGAACAAUCAUAACACAAACAAAAUGAUGAACCUAAAGGUGGAUUUAGGUUGUUUUGGCUUAGGAUGGGUAUAAUUCAUUUGACCCAAUUGACUUAAUUAAUUGAGGCUGUUGAUUAAACCUCAAAUAGCAUGCUGUCUAAAGAAGUUUGGCUACAUCCAUUGUUAAUUAAUUCAUGCUAUUAAUUAGUAACAAUUGCUUGAUUGAUUAAGCUAUAAAAUGCCCAUCCAAGUUUUUGGCCUAAUUCCACUGGGGACAUAAAGAGUAUCUUUGAGUUACAAAGGAAUAUUAUGGUCACACUGAAUUUUUUUUUUUUACCGUCGUUGGCUGAUAAAAGAAUAUUUUUGUGAUUUUAACGUGAAAAAAGUAAUAUAUAAUUGAUUAGUGGCAUUUUUCCUUGAAGAAAAACGCAACGUUUUUUGUAUAGACCGUGUUUUCCUACGCUUUGAACUCUGUGGCUUAUAAAACAGCGCGGCCAAUUUAUGGAUUUUUCUUUGCUAACGGCCACAAUUUUUCGUAUUCAACAAAUAGUUUUCAUAUCACGCCGAGAAAGACUGAAAAGGUGUGUUAUUGUUUGUGCUAUGGCGCCAUCUUUUGGACGAGUUUGCUCGCUAAAGGUGCCGGGGGUCGACAGUGUACUUCCUGUAUUCUUCCGUAAGCGUUUCUGCUCGAAAGGAUUCCUCAUUCAUCACUCCCAGCAGCCUUCGUAAGUUUUACAAUAUAACUAAAACAAUUCAUACUUACUAAACCGUCCCAUUUGUGAUGGCUGUAGGAGUGUUUUCAUGCAUAUUUGUACAUGCUUAUCGUAAUGUUAUUUAAGCAAGCGUCGUUAGCGUCAGUUAUAUUAACUUAAAAUGGCAUUCUUUUUGUAUUGUUUCAGUUUUGUAAAUUAUCCAAAACAUCACUGUGGCGUUAUCGAAUCUGUUUAGCCUAGGGGUGUCCAACGUACGGCACGAGGGCCGGAUCAGGCCCGCGAACAGAUUUUAUCCGGCCCGCGGGAUGAGUUUGCUUGGUAUAAAAAUUAACUUGAAAUUUUUGGAUGAAAGAAACAGCUGUUCUAAAUGUGUCAACUGGAGGCCGCAAUAACAAUUAUUUGUAUCGUUGUAGAUGAUGCUACAUAUGUACAAAAUAAACCACGUGAUGUUAGUACAUCGGUCGAGGAAAAUGAUCAAACUACAUAAAUAACAUCCUGUAAUUUGAUUUUGAUAUAAUUGUUUUUAUCUUGAUAGAUUGAAAUUUAACACCAAUGAGUUGACUGAUGAACAUUAUUACAUAAUUUAUGCAGAAAAUAUAAAUAACGACAAAUACAUUAUUAACCGCAACAUGUAAGUGUAAAAAAAAACAACAUUAUGAUUUCUACAUUUUCAGAAUGUGCUUGUUCUAUUUUUAAACAAAGAAAACAAUCUGAAGUUGUCUUUAUUUUUAAGUUAUCGUACCGUGAUUUUGCCAGUCCGGCCCACUUGGGAGUAGAAUUUCCUCAAUGUGGGCCCUGAUCUAAAAUGAGGUUUAACCCAUUGGAGAGCUCGGUUCCGCAUCUAGUCGGUCUAUGACGAUUACUUCUGUUUUGUUUGAUCAGCCGUUUUACUGCCAUGCGACAGGCAUCGUUUGGAAACAAUUAAGGUAUGUGAAUAUACAUUUACAAACUAUUUUGUACCAGUGUAUAUAUAUAUAUAUAUAUAUAUAUGCCAUUUAUAGUCUGGUGUGACUAAUUUAUGUAAAAUAUUUAUUUCUUCUAAAAUGUAGUGGGUGCAGCUCAAAUACUACAGUUUUGUCAUUUUAGUCCAGGAAAAAUGACACUAUUUCUCGGGACAAAAAAUACCUCCAAAAAAUAUUUGAUGACUUUAUCUUGAAGAAAAUAUGACUAUCGGAAAAAAAUAAUAAUUUAAACAAAAGGGCAACCUUAUUCUCAUAAGUCUUACUCAAAAAAGUUUGACUUAAUUCCUGAAGAAAUAAAUGUUUAUUAUAAGAUUGCCAGUUGACAAAAAUGUACCCCUAAAAAAAUAUUACAAUAUUUUUGCAAGAUUUGGAUUUUGUCUCUCUCGAAAAUCCCCCAAAAUAUGACUAUUACGAAUGGAUUGUUCUUUUCCUUUUCAGUGUGGGCAUAAUAUUCCUUCAUGUUGUGAGAUUGAUUUCAACAAACAAAAGAAAGUGUUUUUUUUGUACAUAACUUUUUGACUCUUGGCUCAGAAUGUUUGGAUGUUUUUUUGGGGGUUUUUUUCAUCACAACUGGAGGGAUUUUACAAGCUGGAGGGAAAUUCAGCGUUUAGUUUUUAAGACUGAAAUUUAGCCGAUUUUUAACUCUGCUAUAAGAUUUUGUGACUGUGAGAAAAAUAAAAGAAACAUUUGAGAACGUUUGAGUUUACUGUAAAUAAAUACCUUGUUCAAUGACAACCAGGAUCAGGCCUGAAGGGGUCUUGGGGUGCGUUCACACUUGCCGUGUUUGGUUCGGUUCAAAGGAACUCUGGUGCGUUUGCUGUGUUUGGUCAAGUGCCAAUGUGAUCAUCUGCACCAAAUAAGCGGACCCAGACCGCUUGAGAGAUGGGUCUUGGUCCGCUUGCAAAGGAAAUCUGCUGCAGUUCUGUGAAUGUGAACGCUACUCGGACCAGUGUUGAAAUGACAACAAAAAGUAUGCAGAAGUGACAAUAUGAGAUUAAAAAGUGUAUUUUAGAAGAUUUUGGUGAAAUCUAAUAUGGCAAGUUAAAGCAGGUUUUAAAAAUAACCCGAGUAUGAAACCCAGAAGAGGGCAUUAUGGUUUAGAACAGGGGUGUCGAACGUACAGCCCGGGGGUCGUAUCAGGCCCACGAACAGGUUCAAUCCGGCCCACGGCCCGCAAAUUAGGUUGAAGUGUAACAUGAGCUGCAAUUUUUUUAAUGAAAGAAACUGCUGUUCUAAAUGUGUCCACUGGAUGUCGCAAUAGCAAUUCAAGUGUAACCCACGUCACACAUGAAACUGUUUAAAGAUGACGUGUCAGCUGACCGCUACUCCAAUCAGCAUCAAUUGUGGCUGGCAACAGACUAAUGCUGUAGCAACACACAAUAACUUCUUUUUUAUUGUAAAUUACCCACUCAACAGAUACAAAUAACGAAACAGUAAAAUGCAAAGUCAACAUGACCAUCAUCUUUGUAGUAAGAGUUCUGGGCAGCGCUUGCAGUUUGUUGACGGCACGAUGUGCACCCUGAGCUCCAUUGUAAAAAUGUGUUAAAGUACCAAUGAUUGUCACACACACACACACUAGGUGUGGUGAAAUGUGUCCUCUGCAUUUGACCCAUCCCCUUGUUCACCCCCUGGGAGGUGAGGGGAGCAGUGAGCAGCAGCGGUGGCCACGCCCAGGAAUCAUUUUGGUGAUUUAACCCCCAAUUCCAACCCUUGAUGCUGAGUGCCAAGCAGGGAGGCAAUGGGUCCCAUUUUUAUAGUCUUUGGUAUGACUCGGCCGGGGUUUGAACUCACGACCUACCGAUCUCAGGGCGGACACUCUAACCACUAGGCCAGUGAGCGUUUCUACAUUUGUUGUUUGUUCUACUUUAUUUUAUGAUGGAAUCUACCAUGUUCAAUUUGUUUUAAGUUUGUAGUUAUGUUACCUUUAAUUCGGCUACCAUGGUGUCAUUUUGAUCAUUGUUUUGAUUAUAUUAUAAUAGUAAUAUUUGAGUGAUGGUAAAUGAAUGUGUUGUGGCAGUUGCGGAUGUCACCAACGUGGCGGUGUGAGGAAACACUCGGUUGCUUUUCCAAACACGUCUUUAAUGAACUGCCAACGUGAUCACACCGAACAGGAAGUGCUUAAAGUUGAAUGGCUUUGUAUAAACACUGAGACAUAGUCGAAGUUCAUGGUGUUUUGGAAACGGCACCAAUUUUUUCCUCAAGAGUUUUUCACUAACUUGAAGUUUUUUGCCAAGAGGAUUAUUUGUCAUGUGUACAUUUUCAGAAUAUGCUUGUUCUAUUUUUGAAGUUGUCUUAAUUUUAAGUUAUCAUGCCAUGAUUUUAACAGUCCAGCCCGCGUGGGAAUAGAUUUUCCUCCAUGUGGCCCCCGAUCUAAAAUGAGUUUGACACCCCUGCCCUACGUCAAACAACCCCAUGGCAUUUGUUUGAGCAAUGUCACGAAACUUUUCAAAAGCAUAUUUUAGAAGCUUUGGGCGAUAUAUAUAUUUUAUAUUUAUACUGCAACUUUGGUUUGGAAUUUUUAAAAUACAUCACAUAAGUCGCAAAAGGGCUAUAAAUGUAUGUUUUAGAAGUUUUUGAUUAAAUCUAAGGGGGUAAAUAUAGCAGAAUAUUAAAAAAAAAUAGCUGUGGCUUUAACUCAUCGCUGAAAGCAUUUUGGUUUGGAAUAUUUGAGUUAGGUCACAGAAUCUGUCCAAUUUAGUCUUAACUUUAUGAAAAAUAUUCUCAACUGCUCUCCAAUUACAAAAAUAUCAGAGUCAAGGCUAAUCCAACUGCAACCAAAUAUUUACAGUCAUGGUCAAAAGUUUACUUGUAAAGAACAUAAUGUCAUGGCUGUCUUGAGAUUCCAAUCAUUUCUACAACUCUUAUUUUUUUUGCGAUAGCACAUACUUGUUUGUCACAAAAAACAUUCAUGAAGUGAAGCUCAAUUUUUGUUUCAUCUGACAUCACAUGGACAAAGAUGAGACCUUCAGGAGGAAAGUUCUGUGGUCAGACGAAACAAAAACUGAGCAAUACCCAGCAAUAUGUUUGGAGGAGCAAAGGUGAGGCCUUUAAUCCCAGGAACACCAAGCCUACCGUCAAGUGUGGUGGCGGUAGUAUUAUGCUCUGGGCCUGUUUUGCUGCCAAUGGGACAAUGAAAAAAGAGGAUUACCUCCAAAUUCUUCAGGACAACCUAAAGUCAUCAGCCCGGAGGUUGGGUCUUUAGUGCAGUUGGGUGUUACAACAGGACAAUGACCCCAAACACACGUCAAAAGUGGUAAAAGAAUGGGUAAAUCAGGCUAGAAUGAAGGUUUUAGAAUGGACUUAAACGUGUGGACAAUGCUGAAGAAACAAGUCCAUGUCAGAAAACCAACAAUUUAAGCUGAACUGCACCAAGUGUGAAUGCAGCCUGCUGUAAGUGUGAGGUCACCUUCAUGUCUGUACUACUGCAAGAUGAUGCUUGUGUUGUCUCCAUCCUGCUGUAGGUGCUGGCAGAUGUAGUCCAGCUGCAGGCGGCUCUUAGUAACUUCCUCAAAGGACAAUCUAACCUCAUGUGGUUGUGCCAAUGUCCACUUUUCUAAUCCUAUCUCGGUGAGUUAAAUAUGAAGAAAAGUGACUCUUUUCACCACUUUUGUUGUUGUUGUAAUAACAUGCAAUCAUUGGUGACUUUCAAAGGCUGACAAAGAAGUGCAGCACCUUCACCUUCUUACACUUUGAUGAAUAUUUCUAUUUGUAAAGUCCUUUUCGGUUGUUUUUUUAACCGUGCAAAUAAAUGUUGUACACGU